UUAGCAUAAGCACAUUCACAUAUGCCUUCACACGCGUAGAGCCGCAUCAUCCGUCUCGACAGAGCGGUCGGUUUCAGUGUGGACCAGCCGGUAGCAGAGAGGCAGAGGGGGACAAAAGCAAAAGGGAGGGAGGAAUAGAAAGAAAGGGUGUGAAGCCGCUGAAUAAAACACUCCUGAAGAGGAAAAAAGGAAAAGGAAGAAAAAACAUCCUGGGAGUUCUAAAGGGGAAAAAACAUCUCCAUAAUGAGGAUGAGAGAAUAAAAGAAAAGGAUGGUUUGAAUGCAGAAGGAAGAAGAAGAAGAAGAAGAGGGACCAAAACAAAGCAUGGACAAAACCAGGAAUUCUGGAAUGAAUGGGAGUCCUGCUUGCCUGCCGCACGCACACACGUACUGGGAAUAGCAGUCGCUCACUGAAGUCGCUGAAAAGCACGCCAAACCCCUCUCGGGAUUUCGGAUGUCACCUUUGGUGCAGCUUCCACACCGUUUGAGCACCCUCGACCGAACUCGUCUCUGCCCUCCAGGCGCCACCAAUUAAGGCGGGCAAGUUGUGACAGAAUCGGUCGACGCACCAAGGCGAAAAGGAAAAGGACGGCGACGGCGGAGGGAGGAGGAGACACAAGCAGCAGAAGACCUGGAGGUAUCUAAGUUACAAGACAUAACACACUAAGGGGAGGGUUUCAAGGUGAAGACAUGAGACCAACACCCGGCCACGUCCUUGGUCAAGGCGCCCCUCUCUGACGAUUCCCGCUGAGUCAUCUUCCAGAAGGCGAGACAUCUUCCUUUCCCCCAAGACAUGGACCAGGAGUUGCCUGUCUGAUUGGAGGUGGAAGAAGAGGAGGAAAAGGAAGCACAGUGGAACAUGUCGCUGCUACGUAGCUCACCAGCAAGCUUUGUGGGCUUCCCAGCUACGCAUCACUUGUGAUAUCACGAUCCAGUUCUGACUGUGGGUAAUGCAGAGCCAAAUAACCAAUCCUGGAGAUGCCGAAGAGAAGAGAUAUUCUUGCCAUUGUGUUGAUAGUGUUACCCUGGACUCUGCUCAUCACCGUUUGGCACCAAAGCGCUAUCGCUCCACUCCUCGCCAUCCACAAGGCAUGUCACCACCUAGUAAAAGAGAUCUUUAUCAUUCCAGAGAGGCUUGCGGUCCGCCACCGACUCUCAGAUGACGGCGUUGAGGGCAAGAGGGAGGCGGGCGGCCAAGCAGGAGACUCCAAGGAAUACUGCGCCUCAGAUAAGGACAUUGUCGAGGUGGUGAGAACUGAGUAUGUGUACACGCGGCCGCCGCCUUGGUCUGACGUCUUGCCCACUAUCCACAUCAUCACGCCCACCUACAGUCGACCUGUGCAAAAGGCCGAGCUGACACGGCUGGCUAACACAUUCCUCCACAUUCCCAACCUACACUGGAUCCUGGUGGAGGAUUCCCAAAGAAGGACGCCUCUUGUGACGCGGCUCCUCAGAGAAACGGGCCUCAACUACACCCACCUAAAUGUCGAGACGCCCAGGAACUAUAAGCUGCGCGGCGACACUAGGGACCCUAGAAUCCCCCGGGGUACCAUGCAGAGGAAUCUGGCACUCCGGUGGCUGAGGGAGACCUUUAAUGCUAAUAGCACUCAAGCUGGAAUAAUCUACUUUGCUGACGACGACAACACUUACAGCCUGGAGCUGUUUGAGGAGAUGAGAUCAACUCAAAAAGUUUCUGUGUGGCCUGUGGCCUUUGUGGGCGGCCUGCGCUACGAGUCCCCCAAAGUCAAUGCGGCCGGGAAGGUGUACGGCUGGAAGACGGUGUUCGACCCCCAUCGGCCCUUUGCCAUCGACAUGGCCGGCUUCGCCAUCAACCUGAGGCUCAUCCUCUUCAAGCCUCAGGCGUAUUUCAAGCUUCGUGGGGUGAAGGGAGGCUACCAGGAGAGUAGUUUACUACGAGAACUUGUCACACUCAACGACCUGGAACCCAAAGCAGCCAAUUGCACCAAGAUACUUGUUUGGCACACAAGAACAGAGAAGCCCGUCCUCGUAAAUGAAGGGAAAGCAGGAUUCACCGACCCAAAUGUGGAGAUUUAACCAUUUCUCCCAGAUCUCCUAUUAAGCGUUUGUCUCCGGAUUCCUGCACAUGCAUUGAUGAAGAUGGCCUUUGAGGUCCAAGAUAUGACAUUUUUCUGAGAAAUUGACAAAGCCGUAUCAAUGUAUUAUUUCAAAGCACAGAUUGGUGAGAGGCGGCGUUUAUUUAUGAGGUGUGCGAAAGAGACAUUUUCAAGGACGCUCCAGAAGACAGUGUGGGUGUCUCGCUAGGGCAACCUGACAAAAAGACGGCACAAUUUCAUCCAAGUCAGGUUCGAGAAAAAUAACUUCACCUGAAGAAAAGGAAACUGCUGAAAUUCAUCCAAGAAGGAAGGACAAUGAAAUUAAAUGGCGAAACAUGUCUUUUGGAUUUUACUCCAAAUAAAACACUGGAAGGGAAGGAAUGUUCUUUUGAUAACAAUGUAAUGUUUGAUUUAAUUUAAUAGAAUUUGUUUAGGUGUUGACAAAACUACUGACUCGUACAUUUACAUUUACUCCUGGAUUACCAUAAUUCAUGCAUUGAAAUCACAAUGAACACUUGAAGAUGCCCCAGUUGGAAAUGUACAUUCAAAGGAAAGCAUUGCACCUUUUACUAAGCACUUAAAAAUACACUGAUGGUGUUUCUUUGUGAUAACGUGUAAAUAGAAAUUAUUCAUGGGAGCAAUCAGGAACCAUUGUUUAAAAUGUAUCGUAACUACUGUAUUUAUGCUGGUCCAUUAUGAAAAAUAGCACACCUUUUUGGUCAGAGGUUCAGUUUGUGCUGAAAAGUUCAAUGCUGAAAAGCCAUUUGUGCAAUUGUUUAUCGACGUAAUAAAGGUUUCCCCUUCUCGA